AUUGGAAGGGCAAACGCUGGAAAGGCAGGGAAAGACUAACAAAACACCAUUAUUAAGCUAAUUUCUGUAUUUAUGUUUUAAUACGAUAAAUAUACGUCUUUCGUUUCGAAUCACGAAACUUAACCGCGCAGAUCGGUAUGUUUUUGUGCGAUUGCAGGAUCCAGAGGUGGUACCACAGAUAAUUUGACAGCCUCUACAUCUUUUUUUUUGCUUCUAAAAGAGGAAAAAUCGUAGGGCCUUGAUUCACUGCUGCCUGUUCUACACUACACGCCUUUCUAAUUGAGGGUUUUCAUUUCCACCUUGGAAGUGUAUAUUUGAAUGAAUAUUACACGCAACGAUUUAUAGUUUUUGUAAUUGUUUUUUUCUGGUGUAUAAAUGGAAUGCCUGAUUGGAUUAAACGAAUUGAUUGCACGGUGAAGUGUGUAGACCACAGCGCAACUGGAGCAGUAUGCUUUGGGAAUAUUUUAGCCUGUUGAUGAAAGGUUGUGAAGUGGUGAGAACUGUCGUGAGAACCGGUUUGUUCCUAAUGCCUUGAUUUGAAGUGGGUAACCGGAUUGGGAGACGAGAAGAGGACACGCUGCUGAAUUAAAUGUUUAAGGGUGUGGAAGGCAACACUGGGAAGGCAGAAAAUGGAUCAAACUAUCGCGUGAAUCGACCUGGACUAUAUUUAAAAAAGAGCAAAGUUAAAUUGGAGUGAAUAAUGAUAUGGUACGAAGAGGAAAGGAGUGACAGCACGAGCUAAAUUCGCCUAUGGAAUUGAGCAAUCGAACUGAAGUCUAACGGGAUUCAUGCUGGUGAGGAUACAACGUCGCUUUCAAGAGAUAUAUGUAAUUUACUUCAUGUAACAGGGUGAAAGGAAAUCAGUUUCCUGGUUUGGGGGGUGGGGGGGGAAGGAAGAUAUAUCAUUCAUAGUUUCAAAGAGGGAAACGGUAGAGAACGUUUUAUAAGAAGAGAAAAGAAGAUAUCAAGAGGGAAGCGAAUAAUAUAUAGCCUGUUUUAGGACUUAAGCAGAAAUAACGCACCUAAAGUGGCUUAGAAGCAUGGGCUGUGCUUCAAGCAUUCAUAUAUCGGAUAGGGUGGUCUAUCAUAGCGGAAAAGACUCCGAGGAUUCCCAUUCCCCCCAACAGACCAACACCACGCUGCACUGCCCGCAGCCGGGCUUACCGAUCAAACCCUCCACUUACAAGAGCUCAUUUUCUGAAGUGCAGUUUGGACCAAUGAAGUUAUAUGAAGAUCAGCUUCAGGUACUCUUAGUGUUUGCCAGAGAGGACAGCCAGAGCAGCGGGUUUUGCUGGGCGUGUGAGCGGGCGAACUUCAGCUGCAGCCUCGCCCGCACACCCGACGCUGCCCUCGAAAGCUUCCUGGAAAAGCACCAUGACCUCAUUAUUAUCGACCACAGACAUUCCAGAUACUUCGAUGCAGAAGCGCUCUGUCGCUCAAUCAGAGCACUUGGCUCCUCUCAGAACACUGUUAUCGUCGCUGUUGUGAAAAGGCCGGAUCGUGAAGAAGCCACUGUGAUGCCGCUGCUUUCUGCUGGAUUUAACAGGCGUUAUGUUGAGAAUUCCAACAUGAUGGCCUGCUACAAUGAGCUCAUUCAACUCCACCAUGGAGAGAUCCGCGCUCAGAUCAAACUUAGAGCCUGUAAUGCAAUUUUCACAGCACUGGAACAGAGCCAGGAUGCCAUCGAGAUUAGUAAUGAAGACCAUCUUAUACAGUAUGUCAAUCCUGCAUAUGAGUAUGUGAUGGGCUAUCAACGGGGUGAAUUGAUGGCGAAGGAGAACAUUGAAGUGCCUAAAAGUGAAAAGAACAAACCCGAUCUGCUAGAGAACAUCAACUCCUGCAUUCGCAAAGGAAAGGAAUGGCAGGGUCUUUAUUAUGCCAAAAAGAAGAACGGAGACAGUGUCCAGCAAAAUGUGAAAAUCACACCUGUCCUUGGACAGGGAGGUAAAGUCAGACACUAUGUGUCCAUUAACAGGCCUUUAAAUGACAAUAACAAGUCUGAACGUUCAAGUGAAAGAGUCCAGGCUGAAUCACAGACAGAUAUUCAGUCCAGCAAGCAUAAAGACAGACGGAAAGGAUCUCUGGACGUUCGGUCUACCACAUCCCGUGGUAGUGAUGGGAGUUCUCAGAGGAGACACUCCUCCAUGGCUAGAAUCCACUCUAUGACUAUAGAAGCUCCCAUCACUAAGGUGAUAAAUAUCAUAAACGCCGCCCAGGAGAGCAGUCCCAUGCCAGUAGCAGAGGCUCUGGAUCGGGUACUGGAAAUUCUCAGGACGACAGAGCUCUACUCUCCGCAGCUUGGUACCAAGGAUGAGGACCCCCACACCAGUGACCUCGUUGGGGGGCUCAUGUCGGAUGGGCUGCGCAGAUUAUCAGGAAACGAGUACAUCUUCUCAACAAAACAGCCACAUCAUAUGCCAAGUCACUUGAGUACUCCUGUGUCUCUGAAUGACAUCCCUCCACGUGUGGCGCAGACCAUGGAAAAUGAAGAUUCAUGGGACUUUGACAUCUUCAGCCUGGAGGCAGCCACCCUGAGACGGCCUUUGACAUAUUUGGGGUUGAAGAUCUUCUCGCGGUUCGGUGUCUGUGAGUUUCUGAGCUGUCCAGAAGCAACAUUGCGUUCCUGGCUGCAGGUUAUUGAGGCAAAUUAUCAUGCCAGCAACUCGUACCACAACUCCACUCAUGCAGCUGAUGUCCUGCAUGCCACUGCCUACUUCCUCUGUAAGGAGCGUGUAAAGCAAAGUCUGGAUCCAAUUGAUGAAGUGGCAGCUCUGAUUGCAGCAACGGUGCAUGAUGUGGACCACCCAGGCCGAACAAACUCCUUCCUGUGUAAUGCAGGGAGUGAACUGGCCAUCCUGUACAAUGAUACGGCAGUGCUGGAGAGCCACCACGCUGCCCUUGCCUUCCAGCUCAGUACUCGAGACGACAAGUGCAACAUCUUCAAGAACAUAGAGAGGAACGAGUACCGAACUCUGAGGCAGGCUAUCAUAGACAUGGUGCUGGCCACUGAAAUGACCAAGCAUUUCGAACAUGUCAACAAAUUCGUCAACAGCAUCAACAAACCGCUUGCUGCCUUGGAAGAAAACGGGGGGAAUGGGGACGAGGACACGGUAAAGGGCAUCCUCACCGUUCCGGAGAACCGGAUCCUGGUUAAGCGCAUGUUGAUAAAGUGCGCAGACAUCUCCAACCCUUGCAGACCCCUGGAGCUCUGCAUCGAGUGGGCCGGACGUAUUUCAGAGGAAUAUUUUGCACAGACGGAUGAGGAGAAGAGACAGGGGCUGCCAGUAGUCAUGCCCGUGUUUGACCGGAAUACCUGUAGCAUCCCCAAAUCCCAGAUCUCCUUCAUCGACUACUUCAUCACAGACAUGUUCGACGCCUGGGAUGCAUUUGCAGACCUGCCGAAUCUCAUGCAGCAUCUAGAUAACAAUUUUAAGUAUUGGAAAGGCCUGGAUGAACGCAAGCUACACAGUCUACGACCACCUCCGGAGUAGCAGUUACACAAACACAAGCAUGCACACUCUGCCUGUGAACACUCUGCUUGAGACAGCUCCACCUUGCUCCACCUCUAGUACCUUUUUCUCACUCUUACACACACACACACACACCACACACACACACACACACACACACACACACACAAGGUGCAUUGAAUGGGACUAUGGGGUGUGAUGCAGGAGAAUGGUGUCUGAGAUGCAGAUGCACUGCAGCGCCCCCUGCUGCUUGAGACUAGGUGCUGCUGGAAACAGCUACGUCUGUGUGGACUCCACAAGAGCUUUCUGUGUACGGCUUUACAGGGUGUGCGUAUGUGUGUGUGCGCGUGUGCAUGCACACAAGAGAGAGACAUCCAUGGGGAGGAAACCGAGAUAGCCACAGUUUCAAUGCUCCAAUGGAAACACUAAAAAAAGCACUUCGUCCCUCAUCCCUUCACUCAACUCCUGCCUUCACGCGUUAGUUUAUUUCUUUCUUGGUUGGUGGAUUAAGUGGUUGUCUGCAUGGCUUCUGGACUCAGAGCCCUAGAAGCAGAUGAACAAGAGCCUGGGACACUCUCAUGUAGAUGUCAGCGAGCCAGACUCCAGAACUGCUGCAGCUGCACAAUGCUCUACUCUCCUUCAUACCAAACUAUUUAUUUUGCUCUAGGUGUUUUCUUGUUUUCUAUAGUAAAAUUAAAGAUGAGAAUGGUUUGUUAGCUAAGGAACACAUAAGAAAACAAAAUGAAAAAAUGAAAAGCCAAAGUUGAUUAACAUACAUAAAUUAUAAUCCUAUGAGUCUUGUCUGUAUUUAAUAUCCAUAGAGUUAAAAAA